AUGAUCACUUGCCCAGGUUGCACCAAAAACUUCGAGCACGCUGGAUACUCCCAUCACCUAGCCAAGACCACGAAUCCAUCAUGCGCAGCCCUAUUACAACAUUCUGGUCUUUUUCCUCAGUCAGAGCCUGAGGUUGAGAAUUCUGACGGUCUUGAUGAUGGAGAUGACAAUGUUGAUCCUCGAGACUAUUUUGGCCACUACAACGAACAAGAUCUGGAAUGGCCAGAUAAUAAUGACGAAGUUGCAGCGGCGGAGCCUCCUUUGGAUUCUGAUGGCGAGGAAGAGGAUCACAAUGCAGAGGUUGAGGUUGAGAAUGGGUGGGAACGCCCUGCAGAUCCUGUACCGCAGGAUAUCGACGUUGAUGUUUUUGAGGAGUCAGAUAUGUUGCCACAAUCACAUGCAGCCGAACGACAAGAAGCGGAGAAAGCCCUUGGUCGCCAGCCCACUAUUGAGAAAUUUCCGCGGCGCCAUGCAGGUGCUCCAAUACUUAACUCUGGCACUACCGCUUUCGAGUCUUAUAACAAUGCUCUGCAAGGCGCAGACAAUGUUUGGGCUCCCUUCGCAUCUCGCAUAGACUACGAGGUUGCAAAGUGGGCAAAACUUCGUGGAUCGGGCUCAACUGCUUUUUCAGAGCUGCUUGCAGUCGAAGGGGUGAAAAUCAUUGUUGCAGACGAAGCAUUUGACGUGUACUCGCGUGACGUCAUGGAGUGCGUCAAAGCCCUUUAUUCAGAUCCGGAUUUCUCGCAACACCUCAACUACACUCCCGAACGCCAUUAUGUCGAUGCUGACAAAACAAUCCGAAUGUAUCAUGAUAUGCAUACAGGAAAGUGGUGGUGGUCCACGCAGAAAGAACUCGAAGCAGAGAAACCUGGCGCAACAGUCAUACCCAUCAUCCUUUCCUCCGACAAGACGCAGGUCACCAUGUUUAGGAACAAAUCUGCCUAUCCUGUCUAUAUGACAAUAGGCAACAUUCCGAAGGAGAUCCGUCAAAAGCCAUCUCGACGGGCGUGGAUUCUCCUGGCCUAUCUACCAACCUCAAAACUCGAACAUAUCACAAACAAGGCUGCGAGGCGCCGAACGGCCACAAAUUUAUUUCAUGCUUGUGUGCGUCACAUUCUGGAGCCUCUGAGAGUCCCCGGCAAGGAUGGUGUUGCUAUGGCUAGUGGGGAUGGAGUUGUGCGUCGAGGACAUCCGAUUGUCGCAUGUUAUUCCGCCGAUUACCCGGAACAGUUGUUGACAACUGGGAUAAAAUCUGGAGAAUGCCCAAAAUGCGAUGUCCCGCAUGAGGAGUUGGGAAGUCCUGAUGUUCCUGUCAAGCUGCGAGACCUCGAGGCAAUUGUCGCUGCAUUGUCGCUCGUUGAUGAGGACUAUGACUUGUGGAGACAAGCAUGCCAGGAGCGCGGCAUUAAGCCCAUCUACAAACCAUUCUGGCUGGAUCUCCCGCAUGCUAAUAUAUUCCAAUCCAUCACGCCGGACGUGUUACAUCAACUCUACCAGGGUAUUGUAAAGCACCUCAUCGAGUGGAUCAAGGAGGCAUAUAGCGAAGCCGAAAUUGAUGCUCGUUGUCGUAGACUUCCCCCAAACCAUAAUAUCCGAUUGUUUCUCAAGGGUAUCAGUAAUCUCUCGCGUGUUAGUGGAACGGAGCACAAUCAAAUCUGUCGCUUCCUGCUCGGCAUUGUCAUUGGCAUACGGUUGCCUGGAAAUCUCAACAAUGCUCGCCUUACUCGUGCUGUUCGUGCCAUCCUUGAUUUCCUGUACCUUGCGCAAUACCCUUGUCAUACGGACGAAACACUGGCACUUCUCGAUGAUGCCUUAACACGCUUUCACGACAAUAAGGACAUCUUCCUUGAUCUUGGAAUCCGCUCGAAUUUCAACCUUCCGAAGCUUCACGGCUUCCGUCACUAUGUACAUAUGAUAAAAACGUAUGGUACAACUGACAACUACAACACCGAGUACACAGAACGUUUACACAUCGACCUCACGAAGGAUGCCUAUAGGGCUACCAACCAUAAAGACGAGUACACUCAAAUGACACUCUGGCUCGAAAGACGGGAGAAGAUUCUAUGGCACGACAACUUUGUCCAAUGGCGUCUCGUUGGUGAUAUUGCCCCGCAAGAAAUCAUACCUCCAGACAUGGAUUAUCGUCGCGCAAUCAAGAUGACUAAACACCUGACCAUCAAGCGUGUCCAGUUGGACCGCAUUGUGCGGGAGUAUGGCGCCACAUUUUUCACUGAAGCUUUGGCUCGUUACGUCGUCGGGAGAAAUCAACCUGGUUUGUCUGCAGCACAACUCGAACGCGAGGCCGCUCACAUCAUUAUUCCCUUUGAUACUGUGGCUACGUUCCACAGGAUCAAAUUCAACUCAAUCAAUGCUCGGGGGAUCCAGGACUCGAGUGUCACCGUGGAUUCUGUCCAUUGUCAACCAUCACAAGAGGACAAGCGAGGGCAUAUGAUCCCCGCGCGUUUUGACACAGUUUUGGUCAACGAAGGGGACGGCGGGACAACAGGCGUGGAUGGUUACCGUGUUGCGCAAGUCCGUGUCGUCUUUACGCUAACAAAUCAAGCUUCGAAUGUGUUAUUCCGCGCUGGACCUGCACAACCACCCACCCACCUUGCCUAUGUGGAAUGGUUCACUCCAUUCCAGCAACCGGAAUCACACCAUGGGUUGUACAAAGUUGCCCGCUUGAUUCGUCAUGGAGAACGUCUGGCAAGCAUCAUUGAGAUAUCAGAUAUCUGUAGGAGCAUUCAUCUUAUACCUAAUUUCGGCGUAGCGGCACCUCGUGAGUGGACGAGUAGCACUGUUCUGGAGUGCUGUUCCACCUUCUUUGUAAACCCCUUCAGUGACCGACAUGCUUAUUUAACACUUGUCUGAGCAUUAC